GCGGAGUCAGUCAGGCGGCGGCCGGGAGCGGGAUCCCGGGAAGCCAGGGCGGUAACGCGAGCGGGAGUUCGGAGUCGGGAAGCCGAGCGGCCCCGGCAGGCUCCGAACGCCGGCGGGACCAGAUGAGAGCAUUUAAACGAAAGCACCUUACAGCCAGUGACUGUGAAGCAUUCAGCCAGAGCGGAGAAGGCUCAUCUUCCCUGACGCAGCCUUUCAGUCAAAGACGGGCGAGCGGAGAUCUAAACAGGGGCCUCUACCCUACGUACAGAACCAAGAGACAGCAAGAAGGACAGGGUCAUCAGAGGAGCAUCACUGAUUACUUCAAAGUCAGUCAGAGGCCACCCACCGGUAACAAAGUGGCAAAAAACAAUGAAGUUAAAGAAGAGUCGUUGGAUUCCUUCUUCAUGGACGAGGGGUUGGAGGAUCACUGUGCCCUCCUUGGAUGUGAUGGAGAUGCUAAAACGUCUCCCUGGGGUCCUGUGGCCUCUAGGAAACGGCCUCUCUGCUCAGAAGGAGCUGGGAGCAAUUAUACAGAAGACAGUAGAUGUGGUGGGACUGAUAAAAAGCCCACGAUGGACAGUUCCCUCAAGUGUUUUCCAGGACACACACAAAUCAGACAAGACCCUGAUGUCAUAGAAAUUGAUCCAAUUCCUGAUUCAUAUUUUGGGCUCCUAGGGACUUCAUGCGGUAAAGAACCCCAAGGACACAUUGACCAGCUGCCCAAUGAAGUCCUGAGCAUUAUCUUUGCUUUCCUCCCUGUGACUGAUCUCUGUCUGAACCUGAGCUUGGUGUGUCAUCGCUGGAGAGAGAUUAUCAGUGAUCCAUUGUUUGUCCUGUGGAAAAAGCUGUAUCGUCAGUACCUCAUGAAGGAGGCCCAGGCUCUGCUCACAGUUGAAUGGAUUCUGGAUCAUUAUGGUAUAACCCAAGAGCAGGAUCAGUGCAUGCUGGGAUUUAUAAGGUAUAUGGCCGCCUCCAAUGCUACCCGGAGAAUGGACCCCGAAGCAGUUCUCAGAUGCUUGAAGCAGCACCACCUGUUUACCAAGGCAGAAAUAUGCAUCAUCCAGAGACUGCCUGAUUUAGAGGGCACUGCGGGGGCUGUGAACGUGUGGGCCGUGAUGGCAGCUAUUGUGCUCUUCUCUGAUGGCGUUCGUGACAUCCAGAAGCUGAUGGCUUGUCUUAGGAGACCCAGCUCUACCCUUUCAGUCCUGGACAUCACUGAGAUGUUGUACUGUAUGGCCACACUGCUGAAUGCAAUGAGAGAGAAGGGCAUCAAUAUAAGUAACAGGUUUCACUACAGUAUUUUCUACUGCUUGUAUUUGAUGGAGAACUCUUGCCCUGUUACUAAGACGACAAAGCUGGAAACACCCAGUUCAAACUGUGGAAGAGGCACUUGGCCCAGUAAUAAGCUGGACAUAAAACUAACCCACGAACAGCAAAGGAUCCUAAACCACACAAUCUUGCCUGGUCAAGUAGUGAAAAUUAUGGCAUUUGCAGGUACGGGAAAGACCUCGACUUUGGUCAAGUAUGCAGAGAAGUUUCCCCAUCUCAGCUUUCUGUAUGUGGCAUUUAACAAGGCCAUCGUGGAGAGCGGAAAGAGUGUCUUCCCCCCUAACGUUAUGUGCAAGACUUUCCAUUCGUUAGCGUACGCGAAUGUCGGCAAAUACUAUAAUGAAAAAGGCAAACUAAAUUUUUCCAACCUGUCACCCUACACGAUCAGCUUCAUCCUCAAACAUCGCAUGGGACAAUCUCUCUUCGUAAGAGCAAAGACAGUAACUCAGACGCUUGAAAGCUUUUUUGCUUCUCCAGAUGAAUUCAUAUAGGUGGAGCACACCCCCAUAUGGUGCAAAAAUACACACGGCAUGAGGGUCCUAGUCUGUGAAGAAGAGAAGCAAAUCAUUGUUGAAGAAGCAAGACGGAUAUGGGACAAUAUGAAAAUGCUAAAUGGAAAUACAGAACUGAAUUGCAAAAUGACAUCGGAUGGGUAUUUGAAGCUUUGGCAGCUUAAGAAGCUGCAGCUUUUUGCAUAUGAUGCCAUAUUUGUGGAUGAAGCACAAGACUGCACGCCAGCCAUCCUGGACAUUGUGCUGUCCCAGACCUGUGGAAUAAUCUUUGUAGGAGACCCACACCAACAGAUCUAUACCUUCCGAGGUGCUGUCAAUGCGCUCUUCGCAGUGCCACACACCCACAUCUUCUAUCUCACACAGAGUUUCAGAUUUGGCCCUGAAAUAGCUUACAUUGGAUCUACUAUCUUGGAUGUCUGCAAGAAAAUCCGGAAUAAGAUGUUAGUGGGUGGAAAUCAAGAGGGUGAUGUCAGAGGCAGCACGAAUGGAAAGACUGCUUUCUUAUCACGGGGCAAUUUCAAUGUGUUUGAGAAUGCAGUGACAAUUACUGGAGGAGAGAGACCAACAAAAAUACACUUGCUUGGGUGAAACUCCAAAUUGAUGACCACUUUAUCAAAAAGUGGGUUGAAAAGGAUGGCUUCCAGGGUUUAAAGAACUAUGCAGCCAAAACUGAAGACAGGGAGCUGGAGGUGAAGAUCACAAUAGUGGAGAAAUACAAUGUCCGCAUUCCCGAGCUGGUGGCGAGGAUAAAGAACAGUCACGUAUCAAAUAUAGCAUUUGCAGAUUAUGUGAUAGGCACCGUGUACAAAGCAAAAGGCCUGGAGUUUGAUACUGUGCUGGUUGCAGAUGAUUUUAUGAAAGUCCCUUGUGCCAGGCAUAAUCUCCAGAGGCUGCCUCACUUUAUCACUGACAUGUCUGCUGAAGAUGAAUGGAACUUGCUGUAUGUUGCAGUGACUCGUGCCAAAAAGCAUCUGUUAAUGACAAAGUCCCUGGAAUAUCUUUUGACUUUGGCUGGGGAGUAUUUCUUGCGGCCAGAGUUGACUAGUGAGGCCUUAAAGGAAGGGGCAAUUCAUUGCUCCGUGUCACAGUGCCACAACGCUGUGCCUGCUGACUCGAUUCUAACCAUGAAGAAAGUGCCCCUCGCUUACAGCAAUGGCAGCAAAGACCAAGGUGGCUACCUGUGCCAUGCUUGCGUGCAGCAGCGUCUCGGCCCCUUGACACAGCUAACUGUUUCACCUGAGCUGGUCCUGACCAUGGAUGUCGUCGAUGAAGCGUUAGAAAUUCCGAGGCACGUUGCUGUCCUCUAUGACCUGUUUUGAAAACAGGAAGGGGUUGGUUUUAUGUCCUAGAUCGGGCUCCGACGUGUUGGAAGUGAGGAGGUCUGUAGCUAGCAUCUCUGUAUUGUUACUGAGGUCCUUGGAGAAAUGAAGUUGAUGGUCCUUGGACAAGCUCAUCAGAAGAAGGACAAGACAAGAGCUGUUCAUGAGGACGCUGUGAAUAAGGUCUGGGGUUAUCCUUCUGUUACAAGAGGGUACCGUGGCCGAUGUAUGUUCCAAGUGGCUGUCUAUUACGUUUCACUGUAAGAAACCCGGACUGCGUAACUUGUACAAUACUAGAUGCACUUGGACUUGACAGAUUUUCUUUCUGAACAUUGGCACACUUGUCCCACAUGUUGCCCCUCAGGGUGGCUAGUUUCUGUCAGUGGUGCACAUUCAGGUGACUGGCUUUUAUGAUUGCCCAGACUUUUUGCAAUAUUUAAGCUUUAUCCCAAUGCAUUCUGGUCACUGGGCAAACUGAGACGAACAUGCAAAACUAAGGGAGAUGAUGUAAAAGAAUUUUAUUACUAAUGAAAGAACUCAUUCCUGGAGUUAAUUUUCAUAGGGCUAAUCUCAUCUCCGGGGAGGAAUAGCUGACUUCCCGUGCAUCAAGUCGAGAACGUCUUUCUUUUAACAUGUAAUCUUUGGGUGUUCCCCAGUCUCUCCAUCUCUGCCUCUUUCUCUCAUCCUUGGUUCUCUCUUCCCCGUACAAACAAACAAAAUCAGUUCUUCAUUUAAACCUCAGGAUGAUGAUCGUAGAAAACCAGAGUGUCUUAUGCUGUGAUCAAGUACGUAAUAAAAACAGAAGCCUGUUUUAUAUUAAA